CUCAAACAGCUUACAUUGAUAAACACAGCCAUAAACGACGAUAUAGUAAAUAGCAUAAACGAGCAGGAAAUAAAGAGUAGUCUCAAACAGAUUAUGUAUCAACGAUGGCGGCACAGGAUAGUAGCGAGGAAGAGGAGAGAUCUCAAGAUAUUUCCGCCUUCACAAACUUUGACGAAAGUAUUGAUGUUCGGAACGCCGUAGAAGUUAAAAGUCCCGUGAUCGAAAAGCAAGUCACGACAAGCAUAAAACUCCCCAAGAGUAAAAGAUCAAUAGUUAACGGUGUAACUCCGGAAGUCGAUGUACGAUCCCCUAGGAUGAUGGAUUUUAGAAGAUACUCAGUGCCCGAAGAAUCGUUUAAUAAAGUCAUAGGGCUGGGUAGCGAAACUUCAGAUAGUGAAGACAGCGAAGAAUUGAAUAAUCCAAAGAUUUCUAAAACAAAGCAAGUUGAAUUAUAUAAUUUCAAGCAAUUUGAGGACUUGGAAGUGUCGACUGAAGUAAGGGAACUUUUUCAAAAUAUCAUAAGGUAUACCCCACAAAAAAUUGAGUUGGACUACAAGCUGAUUCCUUUUAUUCCCGAUUACAUCCCAGCAGUGGGUGACAUCGACGCUUUUCUCAAAGUUCCGAGACCUGAUGGUAUUUCUGAUCAAAUAGGCCUUACCGUUCUUGAUGAACCUGCAGUUGAACAAUCCGAGCCCGCAGUGCUUCAUUUGCAAUUACGCAGUAAGACUCGUAGUGCCACUGGUUCUUCCAAGGCAUCAGUAGUAAAACGACUGGAGGAUGUAUCAAAACAGGGUCGAAUGAUUAAUAAAUGGAUCGAGGAUAUGGGAGAACUAUACCGAAGCAAGUAUCUGCCUACUGUCGAAAUAUCAAAGCAAUUCCCAGAUAUGGAGGCAUUACUGUGCCAGUGGCCCUCCGAGAUCGAGAAUAAGCUUUAUCUCGGCACUUCUGCUGACUUCGAUAAGCUAGACUGCGACCUUCUUCAGCUAAUUGACCUCAUCUGUGCGCUCCUCGAUAUACCCGUUUAUGGUAGUGCGAGAAUAGAGUCCCUGCAUACGCUUUUCUUUCUUUAUACCCAAGUCUAUAACAUUGACAUACAAACGAUCCAUCAUCUUUGAAUACAUUAUGUUACGAUUUCAUGAUGCGUGGAGCUUGUAAGGAAUAUGUUCAUAAACCAUAGAUAUUAGGCAUUUUCUUGCAAAUAGGAAUUCAAUUACAAUUUACUGUAUUAUACACUGCAAAUAAUAAUAUAC